AUGGCUAUCCAUUUGAAGAAGUCCAAAUUAGAUUCCACAAAUUCUCUGAAAUCAUGGAGCCUCCCUGUCGGAUCCUCAGAAAGGCAAAAACAAUUCGAGCUAUCUGCAGAAAUAUGGCCUAGGCAUGUAAUUAGGCACAAGGUAACCCCAAUGCCGAGGAAAGGUUGCUGUGGUGUAGUGGUUAUCACGUUAGUCUUACACACUAAAGGUCCCCAGUUCGAUCCUGGGCAGCAACAUUUUGGGUUUUGCGGUGGACAAUCAUGA